AUGGCUCUUGUUGGUGUUGAUUUUCGUGCACCCUUACGCACUGUGAAAAGGGUGCAGUUUGGUAUACUUAGUCCUGAUGAAAUCAAGCGGAUGUCAAUUGGAGAAAUUGAAUUUUCCGAAAUUUAUGAAAAUGGGAAACCAAAGCUAGGCGGGUUGAUGGAUCCACGACAAGGCGUAGUCGAUCGAAGAGGACGUUGUAUGACUUGCGCUGGUAGCUUAGCUGAUUGCCCAGGACACUUUGCACAUAUUGAACUUGCCAAACCUGUAUUUCAUAUCGGGUUUUUGAGUAAAACAUUGAAGCUUUUACGUUGUGUAUGUUUCUACUGCAGCAGAUUAAUGGUAGAUAAAGAUAGUCCUCGAGUGAAAGAAUUGCUCAGAAAAACUGCUGGAAAUGCACGCCGCAGGCUGGCCGUUAUUUAUGAAAUAUGCAAAUCGAAAACUGUUUGUGAAGGUGGCAACGAGCUGCAUGCUGUUGGAGGAGAGGAUGGUGAGGAAAGUGAGAGAGAAAUCAAAUCAGGUGGUUGUGGUAGAUAUCAACCCUCGUACAAGCGAGUUGGGAUAGAUAUUAUAGCAGAAUGGAAGAAGCACAUCAACGAAGACACGCAGGAAAGAAAAAUUGUUUUAACUGCAGAACGAGCACUGGAGAUUUUCAAGUCCAUUUCAGACUCCGAUUGUCUCAUACUCGGUAUGGAUCCACGAUAUGCUCGACCAGACUGGAUGAUUGCACAAGUGAUUCCAGUGCCCCCAUUAGCUGUCCGACCUGCUGUAGUUACGUUUGGUUCAGCGCGUAACCAGGACGACUUAACACAUAAACUGUCCGAUGUAGUGAAGACUAACAAUCAACUGAAGCGAAAUGAAGCAAAUGGAGCAGCUGCGCACGUUCUUGCAGAAGACGUCAAACUUUUGCAGUAUCACGUAGCUACACUGAUUGAUAAUUCCAUUCCCGGUCUUCCUGCGGCUACACAAAAAGGAGGCCGACCACUAAAAUCAAUCAAACAACGCUUGAAAGGGAAAGAAGGCAGAAUCAGAGGGAAUUUGAUGGGUAAACGAGUGGAUUUCUCAGCUCGCACUGUGAUUACACCGGAUCCAAACCUACCUAUAGAUACAGUUGGUGUGCCACGUACCAUUGCACAAAAUAUGACAUUCCCAGAGAUUGUCACACCUUUCAACAUCGACAAAUUACAAGAAUUGGUAAAUCGUGGUGAUAGUCAGUAUCCAGGAGCAAAAUAUAUCAUUCGCGAAAAUGGUGCUCGAGUGGAUCUACGUUAUCAUCCAAGAGCAGCAGAUCUUCAUCUGCAACCUGGUUACAGAGUGGAACGACACAUGAAAGAUGGUGAUAUUAUUGUAUUCAACCGGCAGCCAACACUGCACAAAAUGUCAAUGAUGGGUCACAAAGUUAAGAUUUUACCAUGGUCAACAUUUCGUUUGAAUCUUUCCGUAACAACACCUUACAAUGCUGAUUUUGAUGGAGAUGAGAUGAAUCUACAUUUACCGCAAAGUUUAGAAACGAAAGCCGAAGUUUCUGAAAUUGCAAUGGUGCCAAGGCAGCUAAUUACACCACAAGCAAACAAACCAGUGAUGGGUAUUGUUCAAGAUACACUUACUGCUGUCCGCAUGAUGACUAAACGUGAUGUGUUUAUUGAAUUACCACGAAUGAUGGAUCUGCUUAUGCAGAUGCCAAACUGGGAUGGAAAAGUUCCCCAGCCUGCUAUAUUGAAGCCAAAACCGCUAUGGACUGGAAAACAAGUGUUCACUCUUAUCAUUCCUGGUAAUGUAAAUGUAUUGCGAACUCACUCAACUCAUCCAGAUGACGAGGAUAACGGUCCUUACAAGUGGAUUUCUCCUGGUGAUACUAAGGUGAUCAUUGAACACGGUGAAUUAUUAUCGGGAAUUAUUUGUUCUCGAACAAUUGGUCGUUCAGCUGGUAAUUUGUUGCAUGUUGUCACGCUAGAACUCGGCUGGGAAGUUGCGGCACAUUUUUAUUCACAUAUACAGACGGUUGUUAAUGCCUGGUUACUUGCUGAAGGACAUACUAUUGGUAUUGGUGAUACUAUUGCUGAUCAAGCUACAUAUCGUGAUAUUCAAGAAACGAUCCGAAAAGCGAAGCUGGAUGUCGUAGAAGUUAUUGAAAAAGCACAUAAUGAUGAGUUGGAACCAACUCCAGGUAAUACGCUGCGACAGACCUUUGAAAAUAUGGUGAAUCGUAUACUGAAUGAUGCACGUGAUCGUACCGGUGGUAGUGCACAACGUUCUUUGUCCGAAUACAACAAUUUCAAAGCUAUGGUUGUUGCCGGUUCUAAGGGAUCCAAAAUCAAUAUUUCGCAAGUCAUAGCUUGUGUGGGGCAGCAGAACGUUGAAGGUAAACGUAUUCCAUUCGGUUUCCGCCACAGAACUUUACCUCAUUUUAUCAAAGAUGAUUACGGACCCGAGUCGAAAGGCUUUGUCGAGAACUCAUAUCUGGCAGGGCUGACUCCAUCGGAGUUCUUUUUUCAUGCUAUGGGAGGUCGUGAAGGCCUUAUCGAUACUGCAGUAAAGACAGCAGAAACUGGCUACAUUCAGCGUCGCCUGAUCAAAGCUAUGGAAAGUGUAAUGGUCAAUUAUGAUGGUACUGUGCGUAAUUCGCUUGGGCAGUUAGUGCAGUUGAGAUAUGGUGAGGACGGUCUAGACGGUAUGUGGGUUGAAAAUCAAUCUAUGCCUAGUAUGAAGCCAACAAAUGCCUUGUUUGAAAAAGAGUUUAAGUUGGAUCUUUCGGAUGAAAAAUCAUUGCGUAAAUUGUACACUGAAAACGUUGUUCGCGAAUUACAAGGAUCUGCGGAAGCGCUUAAAGAAGUAGAAGCUGAAUGGGGACAACUUGAAGAAGAUCGUCGACUGCUUCGAAAAAUAUUCCCUAAGGGGGACGCUAAAAUUGUGUUGCCGUGUAAUUUGCAACGCAUGAUUUGGAAUGCUCAGAAAAUAUUUCGUGUAGAACUUCGGAAGCCGACUGAUCUUAAUCCGCUACGUGUAAUUGAAGGUGUUAAAGAACUUAGCAAAAAGCUCGUUAUUGUUAGCGGUGAAGAUCGAAUCAGCAAGCAGGCUCAAUAUAAUGCUACUCUUCUAAUGAAUAUAUUACUACGAUCAACACUCUGUGCAAAAAGGAUGGCUGAAAAACAUCGUUUGAAUUCGGAAGGCUUCGAAUGGCUUAUUGGUGAAAUUGAAUCUCGUUUCAAACAAGCAAUUGUGCAACCCGGUGAAAUGGUUGGUGCAAUAGCAGCUCAAAGUUUGGGUGAACCAGCUACGCAGAUGACUCUGAAUACUUUUCAUUACGCUGGCGUUUCGGCCAAAAAUGUCACACUUGGCGUACCGCGGCUUAAAGAAAUCAUCAAUGUUUCGAAGAAGCCGAAAACACCUUCAUUAACAGUUUUUCUGCAGGGAACUGCUGCGAAAGAUGCUGAAAAGGCUAAGGACGUACUGUGUAAGUUGGAACAUACAACAUUACGAAAGGUAACUGCAAAUACAGCAAUUUAUUAUGAUCCAGACCCGAAGAAUACCAUAAUUGAAGAAGAUCAGGAAUGGGUAAACAUUUUCUAUGAAAUGCCGGAUUUUGAUCCAUCUCGAUGCAGUCCAUGGCUUCUGCGUAUCGAAUUGGAUCGUCGACGCAUGACUGAUAAGAAAUUAACGAUGGAAGCAAUUGCAGAUAAGAUACAUCAGGGAUUUGGUGAUGAUCUGAAUGUCAUUUAUACAGAUGAUAAUGCAGAAAAACUUGUAUUUCGUUUGCGUAUCACCAAUCAGGAAGGUGACAAGGGUAAUGAAGAUGAACAAGUGGAGCGAAUGGAAGAUGACGUGUUCUUGCGUUGUAUUGAAACCAAUAUGCUCAGUGACCUUACGCUUCAAGGUAUUGAAGCUAUUACCAAAGUAUACAUGCAUAAACCAACAACUGAUGACAAAAAACGAGUUGUGAUUACUCCGGAUGGUGGUUUUAAGGCAAUUCCAGAAUGGCUUCUAGAAACUGAUGGUACUGCCUUAGCUAAGGUACUGAGUGAACAAAAUGUGGACCCGAUACGUACGACGUCCAACGAUAUAUGUGAAAUAUUCGAAGUUUUGGGAAUUGAAGCAGUUCGGAAAGCUAUUGAACGUGAAAUGAAUCAUGUCAUUUCGUUUGAUGGUUCCUAUGUUAAUUACAGACAUUUGGCUCUCUUGUGCGAUGUCAUGACCGCUAAGGGCCACCUGAUGGCAAUCACUCGCCAUGGUAUUAACAGACAAGAAGUAGGAGCUCUUAUGCGGUGUUCAUUUGAAGAAACUGUUGACAUUCUCAUGGAGGCAGCGGUUCACGCUGAGCAGGAUCCUGUAAAAGGUGUAUCUGAGAACAUCAUGCUGGGUCAGUUAGCUAGAGCUGGCACGGGCUGCUUCGAUUUGGUUCUCGAUGCUGACAAAUGUAAAUUGGCUAUGGAAAUACAAACUGGUGGCGGGCUUCUGGGUACUGGUGGAAUGUAUUUUGGCAGUUCCAUGUCUCCAGCAAGCUCAGCAAUGAGCCCAGCACAAACUCCAUGGAAUGCCGGCACAACACCUGCUUAUGGAGCUGCAUGGAGUCCAGCAACUGGUUCAGGAAUGACUCCAGGUGGAGCAGGUUUUUCACCCUCAGGACACAGCGAAGGAGGCUUUUCACCUUAUGGAGGCGGUGGAAGUUGGAGCCCAGGCUCACCUGGUGGAUCGCUUGGAGGAAUGUCACCAUCCGGUGCCGGUGCUUAUUCUCCAGCAGCUAGUGAUUACGGUUCAGGUUUGGAAGGACUAAGUAGUCCAGGUUAUUCGCCGACUAGUCCAGCAUCUCCUUAUGGUGCUUCAUCACCUGCUUAUGGUGUCAUGAGUCCACGAUAUUCCCCAACCAGUCCAAGUUACUCUCCAACUUCUCCAAGUUAUUCGCCUACUUCACCAAGUUACAGUCCUACUUCACCUAGUUAUUCACCGACUUCUCCGAGUUACAGUCCUACCUCUCCAGGCUACUCACCGACUAGUCCAAGUUAUUCUCCAACUUCACCAUCUUAUUCACCGACUUCACCAAGUUAUUCUCCAGCCUCACCUGGUUAUUCUCCAUCGUCUCCUCGUUAUUCACCUACUUCACCAGCCUAUAGUCCUACAAGCCCAACAUACAGUCCUACGUCACCUGCUUAUUCUCCAACUAGUCCAACAUAUAGUCCAACGAGCCCAUCUUACAGCCCUGCUUCUCCUGGUUAUUCUCCAUCUUCUCCCCGUUAUUCUCCGACAAGUCCAACCUACAGUCCUACCAGUCCAGCAUACAGUCCUUCAUCGCCACAGUACAGUCCGAGUAGCCCACAGUAUUCACCAUCGUCACCGCAAUACACACCAAGUUCACCAGCUGGCGAUGCCUCACCUGCGUACUCGCCAACGUCGCCACAGUAUUCACCAUCUUCUCCAAGAUACAGUCCAUCAAGUCCACAGUACUCACCGACAUCACCUCAGUAUAGUCCAAGUUCGCCAGGUGGAGCAGGCACUUCGUACUCGCGAAGUUCACCACAGUAUAGUCCGUCAUCUCCCCAAUACUCACCGAGUUCACCACAGUAUUCUCCAUCAUCACCGCAGUAUAGUCCAUCUUCUCCUCAAUACUCACCUGGCGAUUAG